UGAUAAAUGAUAAUACAAUUUGAAAUAAAUUGUAUGAUAACGGCAUAUUUUUCUAGAGUUUUUAAAGUAUUAAAGUAAUAAAAAAUUAACAUGUAAACCUUAAUAAAGCGAAUUCAACAGUAUACAAGUGUUUGUGUGUACUUUAAUAGUUAUAUUUCAGUUUAUCAAAAUGGCCAUGUAUGGUAUGAAACAAUUAGAAGAACGGCAUGUACCAACUACAGUUCUCAAAAUGGAAUGGUCAAAUAAAAUGGAUCUAUUGGCCAUAGCCAAGGAACACGGUAAAUUGUAGUGAUUUGUUUAUUGUAAAAGAAAAACAGCGUUAUCGACAGGUUUUUAAAAUAAUGAUAUUUCAUAAACCGAUAUUAAAAAAAAAAGUUGUCAUUUUUUAUUUAUAUAGCCAUUUAGGUAUGUAAGAUAGUUACAUUUAUUAUUAUAAUUACUAGGUUAGCCAAAUAAAAAUAAUUUAGUAUUUAUUUUUGUUUUUUACAUAAACAUUUAACAGAUGUGAUUUAUAUAGAAAAUUCUUUUUUUUUUUUUAAUAAUCUAAGUAGUGUUUAAUAUGUUUACCUUCACAUUGUAUUGGUUUUGUAUUUUUGUUUUGUACAUAUUAUAAUAUAUUUACAGGUGAAGUAUCUUUACACCGUCUAACAUGGCAGCGAGUAUGGUCAUUAGCAGCUCCGAACGAUAAAACAUUAGUAACUGCAUUGGCUUGGAGACCUGAUGGAAAACAGUUAGCCGUGGCAUAUGAUUCAUGUACUUAAACUGUUCAUUUCAAUUAUUAAGGAAGAACAAUUUUAAACAGUUUUUUAGGUCUAUAGAUUAAAUACCAUGUAAUAAACUAGAUGUGUCACAUUUUGUCAAUAGAAAUGUCGUUUUUGCCAAAACUAGGAUAUUUCUAUGGGGGAGGGGAGGCUAAAUUAAUAUUUAUUAAAAAUAUGUAUAGUAUAUAUAAAUCAAAUACUAAUAAUGUAACAUGUUACAAAAUUUUUAUAAACCACAAAAAAAUGUCUGGGUUCUAGACCUAUCUAAGUGGUGAUGUAUCUAUUUGUGGGAAUUAAAACCUUAUCACAUGCAAAUAUAUUUUAUAUCAUUAUAAAUAAUUUAUGUAUCAAUUUUAAGUAACAAUUUAAUACUAUUAGUUUCAGCACUAGGCCAUCUUUAGGUUACAAUAAUAAUAAUAAUAAUGUUUAAUCGACAGAAAGUUGUUUGUAAUAUGAACAGUUUUUUUUUGUAAUUUACAAUCUGUGAAUGAUUGAUUAUGUUCCCUUUCAAUGAGAUUGUUUUAAUAUGAAUUAGGUUUUUUUAUAACUACUUUUAUUCAAUCUUUUCAAUAACUGGGCAUUUUUAUUUUAAUCAUAACAAGGUAUUAUAUCUUAUGUUAUGAUUAUUAUGGACUUUUUAUAUAGUUUUUUUUACUUGUUAUAUCCAGUUAGUUUAUAUUAACACAUUUAUACAUCCUUUUUAAUAUUUUAUAUUCUGAGUAAAACGAAGAAGCUUAUGGUUUUACAAAGAUAUUUAUUUUAUAUUUUAUUUUAUUUUUAUUUGUGCCCAACUUUUCUACCAAAAAACUUGCUCAGAUUUUAAGAGUAGCACCUUUUCCAAAAAAAAAAUUGGUGUGGGGAGAUGCUUUAGGGAGCUAAUUUUUGAUUUUCUCAGGAGUUUUCUCAUCAAAUUUGAAAAACCAAGAAAAAAAAUCAGAAAUUAAAUAAAUGUAGGUAUUAGUUAAAAUAUAUUACGACCUUUUUUUCUGUGCACAACUUUUUUACCAGUAAUUUUGCUCCAACUUAUAAUGAUAGCAAUUUUUCUAAAAAGAACUUUCACUAGGAGAGUUCAUUAGAGGGGUCAUUUUUCAAUUUUCCCAAGUUUUCCUAGCUAAUGUAAAAAAUCAGUAUAAAACAUGGUAAAACAUAGUAAAACUGGAAAAAUCGAUACAAUUUUAAACAAAUAUUAUUAAAGAAAAUAAAAAUUGUUGUUUUCAUAAGCAAUAGUUUAUUGUUGCUCGCAGGUAUACAUUAAAUUAUCUAUAACAGUGGCUGCACCUGUCCCCUUUAUCCUAGGAUAUCUUUUUCUAAUUAGUGUUAAUAAUAUUAAUAUUGAAAUCUAAUUCAAAUUAUAAUAGCGUUACUUUUGCCUAUUACAAACUUCUAUAAUUAACCUAAGUGUUUGUUGAUUACAGGUGAUUUAUUAUUAGUAGACGUAGAAAAUAAAGACAUCACCUUUAGCAAAAAGACAGAAAGUAGAAUAACUUCUUUAGUGUGGGUGCAACAAGAAAAACCUCAAAAGAAAGAAACCAUAGAUUCUGUAUUGAUUAAGGUUAUUACAAUACUACUGUUACAUAUUUAUUAAAAGUAUCUAUUUGCAUGUUUUAUUUUUAUUAAAAAGAUAUAUUUAUUAUAUAAUGUACCUAUUAUAUUAUUUUAAUUUGAUUUAGACAAGUGGAACAGAUUAUCUUCCAAAACUUCAAAGCUUAGUGAUACGUGAUACGCCCGAAGAGGAAAAUAAGUUACCUAAAGUUCAAGACACAUUGAAUCUACUGUUAGUGGGCAUGGAAAAUAGUGAAGUACAAAUAUUGGCUUUAGGUAUAUUUUUAUGCGGGUCUAUAAAUCUAUCUGAAAUCUUUGAAAAAGAAGGCACUGUAUUGAAUAUGCACAUGCCAAUGGAUUUCAGUUAUCUAUAUGUUGCUGUUCAAUACUUUUAUGGAAAAGUUGAAAUCACUACCAUUAAACUUAGAGAAUGUUACACGAAUUGGGAUGAUGUUUAUGGUUUGGCGUUUAAGCACGAUCAACUUCUAUCGUCAUUGGAUUAUUUAGAUCAAACCAUGAAAAAUAUACUGGAAACAUGGGAAAAUGUUUCUUUAAUGGAAAUGGAAUUAAAAUUGAGUUCUUAUUGUCCAGAAGAUCCAGAAAAUGUAUCAACUGAUUUAUUAGAACUUCUGAUUUAUGGAAUUAGAUCCGAACGCAUGGAUCAGUUCCUUAAAAAAGAUUUAACUGAUAAAGGUAUAAAAAAAAUUGGUUUAUCGAUAGAAUCAAGUCAUACCAAUGUUCAAAAGCUUAUGGUGAAACAAUUAUCAGAGGUGACAAAUCAAAUUUUAUUUCAACUUGUAGAAAUUUCUGGAAUGUCUUUGAAAAAAUAUGAAUGUUUGGGAUUGACAAAGUGCAGUGUUGAAAAAGCUUUAAAGUCAGUGAAUAGAUUUUUGAUUAAAUGCAAUGAAGUGCAAAUAGUUAUUGAAGAGUCAUUGACUAGAUACAAGUUGUUUUUCAAAUGGUUGUAUGGUGCAAUGCUAAAAUUGAAUGAAGAAAAUGGGGUCACUGAUCCAUUACUGAUGAAUACAUCUCAACAAGAGCUCAAUCUGUUAGCAGAGUAUAUUUACAAUUUGGGUGAACACGCCAAAGUAAAUAAUUACAAACUAGACCUGGUUGGCCAGUAUUUUUUAGACAGCGAUCUGGAGUUCCCGUACGAGACACACAACCAAUGGUGGAGUAUAUUACGAGAAAACCCGUGUCUGGAGGAGAAUCCUCUGAUUGUGCCGGCGCUAAAAAAGUCGUCACUCACGCAGCAGUUCAAUGAUCUUAAGAACGAUCUGGUAGACAUAUUCGCUCAGAAAAAGACGUUUUUCGACAAAAUGUUUAUAUUGUAUAACAAUGUGUUGUUAGACAACCACAGCAUCAGCCAUCAGGUACACAAAGUCACUAUGGUUGACCUACCCAACCACAAGUUGCUAGUGUGCUGUGCUGACCAAAACGCGUACGACUUUGGUUUCUAUGAGCUAAUGGCGUACGACGACACACAGGAAGUGACACUCCGCAGUGCUAAUGUGUUUUACAUGAGCGACAAGACCAAACAGACGAUCCACGACUUACAGUUUUACUCACAGGACCAUCUGUCCGUGCUCACAGAGACCGUGGACUCAUCAACCAAUCGCAAUUCUUUGUUUUUACAGUUGUCCACGAGCACCGUGCGUAGCCAUUGUUCCAAUGACGGACUAGGUGUGUGUAAAAUAGGUGGCGCAGGAAAUGACAGUUCAGGAGUCGCAAGUGACAAUGGUGGUUGUGCCAGUAGCAGCAGUGACCCAAAGACAGUAGAUUAUUCGUGCAGGGUCGUGGAAAAUAUGGUAGCAACGAGUUUCGCGGUUAGUGGCACCAGAAAAGUGGCCGUGCUUUUGUCCCACAGCCGUCAUAAAGUCAGGCUUUUCGAAAUGGAAGUAGAUGACGAAGAUGACGAUGAAGAUGAUAGUGCGAUGGACGUAACGCGGGAUUCGAGUUUCGCAGAUUAGAGUUAAUAGAAUGUACCGGAUUAGGGUAGAUUAGGUUUUAAAACCCCUAACUAAACCAUACGAAAAAACUUCCAUUUGUUUGUAUACAGUGAUUCAACAAUCAACAGUGAUGUAACCGAUAAAGUUUUAUGUCUCUCGUCCUUGUUUAUAUAAUUAAUAUAAAUGUACAACAAUAAUGAAGACCUAUGCAUGUGGCUAUAAACUGAGUGAAGCGGUGGUGCGUGGACAUUAUAUGAAACUGUUUUACUCAGUCAAUUUUAUUUAAUUUAUUUAAUUUAAAUUUUUCAUUACUUAAUUUUUUUUUCUGUCACAUACAAGUCAAAUUAAAUUUUUGUAAUUUGUCUUAUUUAAAUAUUACAUUGUAUGUAUAUAACUAAUAUAAUAAUAUAUAAAUUGUUUUCUUUUUACAGUAAUUAUCGUAUAUUUGUAUUACAUCCAUGAAACUAUAAAUGUAAGAAAAAUAUGAAAAUUGUUCUUCUCCAAAUGACAGCAACUUUACUGCGCUCUAACUGAACUUGUGUCCAUCACUAUGAUUUUGAUUCAUAGUUGAUUUUGUCUUGGGGGACUUCUUUUUGUAGUGUUGGGUUGUCUAUGCCGUGUUGAAACAUAUUCUCUUUCAUAAUGUUUGUUUUUCUAUACAUUUGUCUAUCCGUUGUUGUUACGUCCUCAUCCGAAUAGCUGUCUUCUGUAA